AUGUGCAUGUCACCAGUGACUAUAAUUGGAUUAACGGGACUAGUUGAUGAUAUUCGAUUUAACGUCAUCAAGGAUGUCCUUAAUAUUGAAUGCGAACAAAUCUUAGAUUGCGAUGUCCAUUGCGAUAACAUUAUGAAAAUCAGGAUUGCCAAGUUGGAAAUUUAUUAUUCCGGUGCCCCAAUGGGCUUAUCGAUGAAAAUCAGGAUUGCCAAGUUGGAAAUUUAUUAUGCCGGUGCCGCAAUGGGCUGGAGUGCGAUGCAUCCACCCGAAAAUGUCAUGUCCCCAAAGGAAGUGACCCAGCUAAGCUGCCCAAAUGUCUUACCGAACCUACCAGAUUGCGAUCACAUAACCGGGAACUAUCAACUUAAACAAUGUCGCCAAGAUCAAUUUUUAAAUAAACUAGUUGAUCAAGGAAAUAGUAAAAAAUUAAACACAAAGGAGUCGGAUACUAAUUAUUUGAAUGGAUGCGAAAAGUUAGUAUUAGGUCCGGAGUCGUAUGCAUUAGAAUUUAAAAAACGCGGUUAUAAUCCCAAAAAUAUGCAAAAGGUUGCAUGCUCAGCUGAUGGCAAUUAUGCUACGAAACAAUGUGAUCGAGAAAUAUGUCAAUGUGUCAACCCUACUGAUGCCAAAACCCUUGGCAACGCUCGGGUAGACAAAUCGCAACUUAAUGGUCGGGACAUGACAUGCCGGUGCGCAUUACAAAACUACCUUACUCAAUACGAGCUACAGUCAUACCGGGAACUAGCAUGCGAUCAGCUAGGUAACUACGAUGCCUACCAGUGUGAUGAGGGGGAACGGUGUUAUUGUGUCGAUGAGGAUGGUGCACCUAUCACAAAUGAGGGUACAAUGAAUUGCCUGGGUCAGUUUUUAAAAGACUACACAGAUGCCAACUUGAAUACGGACCAAAUUUGUUUGAUGCUGCGUAAAACUUUGAAAGAUUCACUAUUGACCAAGGGUAAGGGCGGCCAAAAUAUGGCAACCCUACUUUGA